AGUGUCUGGUAUCAAAUCAUCAAAUCAACUAUAUUUUGCAUUGUCAAGUCUGAAGUCAAUUAAUACUGUCACUUUAUUUUCCAGUCAUUUUAUAUGCAGUGAAUGCGUCGGUCCAUAUGUUGGUAGACUUUAUUCUAUGUUCUGGAUCGGUUCCAGAGAAAUUUUUAACUGUGCUGAUUAUCUGUAUGUAUUUGUGAAGUGUCUACUGCCUAGUCUACAAAUGGCCGGAGCUAAUGAACGUCAUUUAUACCAUAACAACGAUACAAGCAGCGACACUGAAGAUUACACAGAUGAACGACGAAGAAGGGUAUUUAAAAAUCGACUGAGUUAUGGAUCGAUGUCGAAGCCGAAACCGUGCCUUGUACAACGUUCCACGUCCCUAUCGGACCCACGUUGCCACUCUGUAGCUACGCCUAAGCAAUGUCACAAUGCUCCUCGCAAUAGAUCAAGAGCCGCACCCUUACAAACGACCGGAUCUACAAAAACCCAAACCCAGAGUUGCGGCAGUACCAGUAACAUGGCCAGCGAGGACAGGGUGACCCUUGUGGUUGACAACACUAGAUUCGUGGUGGAUCCCGCAAUAUUCACUGCACAUCCCAACACGAUGCUCGGUCGGAUGUUCAGUUCGUCUUUGGACUUUACGCACCCGAACGAAAGGGGGGAGUACGAGGUCGCCGAUGGCAUCCCAGCGUCUGUUUUCAGAGCAAUUUUAGAGUACUACAAAGGGGGACUCAUCAAGUGCCCCCCAUCUGUAUCUGUGCAAGAAUUGAGAGAGGCUUGUGAUUAUCUGCUGGUUCCCUUUGACGCCAGUACCGUUCGCUGCCAAAACUUGAGAGGUCUGUUACAUGAGCUCUCCAACGAGGGUGCCAGGUGCCAGUUCGAGGUUUUCCUUGAGGAACUUAUUCUGCCGCUCAUGGUGAAUUCUGCGCAAAGGGGAGACAGAGAGUGUCACAUUGUCGUUUUAUUGGACGACGACAGUGUGGACUGGGACGAAGAGUAUCCUCCUCAAAUGGGAGAAGAAUAUAGUCAGACUGUCAAUAGCACUGCCAUGUAUAGGUUCUUUAAGUAUAUAGAAAAUAGGGACGUCGCGAAGCAAGUCCUGAAGGAUAGGGGUUUGAAGAAGAUUAGAUUGGGCAUUGAAGGUUACCCCACUUACAAAGAAAAGGUAAAAAAACGUCCAGGCGGCCGGGCCGAGGUGAUUUACAACUACGUCCAACGACCUUUCAUCCACAUGUCGUGGGAGAAGGAAGAAGCUAAAAGUCGACACGUGGACUUUCAGUGCGUUAAGUCCAAAAGCGUUACAAAUUUGGCGGAAGCUACCGCUGACCCGGCGCUUGAGUUAGAUGCUAGGGGCAACCCUAUCGCGGCUUCCACGAUCGCAGAUCCUCCACCGUUGUUACCGAUCGAUUUACCCCCGUUAGGCGGUGACGGGGAUGAAGGCGCCGUCGGUGGCGCUGAUCUGGAUAUAGUUAAUAACAUGCCGCCGGAGGACGCAAACUUAUGAAUUCUUAAUUUUAAUGCUUUUCCACGUCAUAAUAUAAACUUAAUGUGGAUUUAUUUUUUCCGUAAAUAGAGAUGUAAGUUGUUUUAUCGUGUUUUGUUUUCAUCCAUGUUAUGGCUAUUUAUCCGUAUAUUAUGGCGGGUUGUGUGUAUGUAGUCGUAUUUAAUUUUUAGCAAUUUUGUAUAAUGGGAAGUAUUUAUCCAAGUUGCAGUUUAUUUUGAAUUUACUCUUUCAUAUUCAUGCACAAAUAUUAGGUUAAAUUAAUUUCUGGCUAUAGGAACGGAAAAUGUGCAUGAUUAAUUGAAGAGCUGGAAGAUGUUAGCAAAUUUUCAAGAUAUGUCGGCAACACACGAUUAGUAAGUCUCGGUGUUGAUGGACAUUUUAUUAAGGUAAGGUGUUUAUUUAUAAUGGGGUGUUUGCAUAAAAAGCAAUGAAAGUUAAUACAAACUGUACGAGUUUCUCCUUAUACUAGAGAACUCUUUAUUUAAAUAACUCGUCUGUAUCUCUUUAUUAUGAAAUAAAAGGAUGGCGGUGGUAUGAGAUUUUAGUUGAAGUUCAUAUUAACAAAUGGCGUAAUUAAAGGAGAAUUUAACGCAUCAUGAUUGUCCGGCAAAUUCGUUUCACUUUUAUAUUUUUUAUGUCAAUUAAAAAAUUCUUCAUACAGAAACAAAAAAAUAUUUUGUGGUAACAUGUGAGAAGACAACAAACACCCCAUUAUAUAUUAAUUUUAGAAUUUUGAAUUAUUCAUUGCUGUUUAGUACAAAGAAUAUCUAGUUUAUUUUUUUAAUUCGACAUUGUACACAGUUAAUUGGAAAAAGGCAGUUUCCAGUCUUGGUGUGGGUAUCUUUAUUAUUUUAAAAGGUUUGUGGUGGCCGGAAACCGCAUUUUAUUCCCGUGUGAAAAUCUGAAGAUUGAUAUAUUUUCUGUAACUAGGAGCCAAAGGAGUUGCGUCUGCUACUUCAUACAUUUUGUCAUUUAUCACUGAAUAUAGACGACAGUUUUUAACUGUAAAGAAAACUCUAAUACACAUCACUAACCCACGAACCCCAACGAAAAGUCUAUAUCGAUGAACAUAGAAGAGAUAAAUGAUUUAGACAGCACCAAACAUUAAUACACAUCACUUUUUUAUGUUCAGUAAAUUUUAUUAGUAUUCGCUACCAAAAUAUUGAACGGAAAAGUCUGAAGAUGGUACCAUCGCUUUUUGUGUUAUGCCGUGGCCUGUGUACCUGGUCACCAAUUAUAGACUUACGAUGCCCUGUUAUAAAACCCCCUAGCCCAUUUUUAUAUUGACUUCAGUUCUAAGAUGCUGCAGGCAACAACAAGAACUGAAAUCAAUAUAAAAGGGGGCCUAUGGAUUUUGAUCCUAGCUAAAGCUGAGGAAAUGUGUUAUAAGUCUGGUCACGGCAUAAUACACUGUAAUAACCACCGAUUCCAACGACCAGACUGGAGACAUUGCAUUGUCGACCCCCAUGCCCAUCGGGCGCAUGUGAAAAAGUUUAUAUUAUUGUUUUAGUGAUGUAACUUGUUAACCUCUAUGAUUUAUAGGUCUCUUAUGAAAACGUUAUACUAAGAUUAAUAUGAAACAUGGAAAAUUAAGACAUUUAUAUUUGGCUGUGUCCUUGCUCAUAUUUAAAUAUUAAGUUUGUGAAACUAACAACAUUCCUCGGUCUUGUCCAUGGUUAUCAUUAACUCUUGAGACUGAAGUUAAAAUUUUGUGUUGCUCAAUAUGUGUGUACGUGUUAUAUAUAUAGUGUGUCCCAUAAUAAAGACGGAAAACAUUUUUAUUUGUACGUUUGUAACAAAAUUUUUCCUCAAUAUAAAAUAUAAAAUUUUAUGAAUACUGCAUACGAAUCAUAGAAGUCCUGAUAUGAAAUUAUUUUUUAAGUAGUUUCUGACAAUUACGAGAGUUAUUAAUAUGUCCAAGUCGCCGUAAAUUUGAAAUUGAUUUUGCUCUUUUUCCUUUUUCUGAACGCAAUCGUAGGACACACUGUAUAUUCAAAUUUUUCCUAUGUAGCGGGUGUGUAUUAUAGAAAUAGGUAAUUUUCUUUGUCAAAGCGCAACAGAUGUGUAGAUAACAAUGAAUGGGUAGCGAACAAUAAAUGGGGCAUUUUCGGUUACUAAAAUAUUUAUGGGGCCAAUAAUGAUUACGCAUUACACAUAAAUAUUUUAAUUUGUGCUACAAAACUACGAGCACUAAUACUGAUUUAUUACCCACCCUUUACUAUACUGAAAAUAAUGGCGGCAGUAUUUGUAUCGUCUCUAAGAGAAUUAGGUACAUGCUCGGACCCUUUCCAUGUUGUCUUAUGUUGGAAUAAAAAAAUUGAAACGACUUAAUUUCCGUGAUACUGUAUUUAAUUCCUAAAUAGAACUGUUGACGUUUAUAAACCUGGGUCUGUGAAUAUUUUUAACACAUCCUACGCAAUUUCUGCUUUGCUUUUAUUGUAAACGUAGCUUAAGGUUUUAUACAUGUCGUUUUAUUAUAAAAUGCAAAAUAUAUACUUUAACCCAA